CAAACAUUGUGUAAGCGAUUAUAAAGGAUACAUCUAAAGAUCAACCUUCAGUAUAUUUUUAAAAAAUUAUCAAUACCUGUCACAAUUAGCUGUCACAAAUAGAUGUCACAAUUAACUGUCACAAUUAGCUAUCAUCAUCACCUGAAUCACGAUUACUUGUUACAAAAUCAGUCAUGACUACUCUCAGAACCAACUCGCUGAAAUCGCAGAUCCUGGAUAUGACCUGCGAGCAUGUAAAACAGCUGCAUGGGCUGUGGGUGCAAAUGUUUCCACCCGAGACCUGCGAGGCCCACCUGCAAAGGCUCAAGGAGCACGUCAACGAUUUUUAUGUCGAUUUGCUAAGCGAGUCGUGUGAGAAGCAGCAGACCAUCCAGAACGAUAUUGCCAGUCUUCGGGAACAGGCCAGCGACCUUAGGAGUAUACUCCACGAGGCAUUGGAACAAGACGAUUGGCCGGGUGACGUACCUCUGGUCAUCUUUCAGCUGAAACUGGAAAAGAGCAUAGAGCAACUGCGUAAAAAGCUUAGCAGGCGUCGGGCGGAUAUCUGUGAGCUGCUCCUUCAGCAGGAACAGCUCUGUCAGGAGCUGGGUGAGCUGCCACUUCCACUCCCAGAUGAUCCACUGCCCCUACCGAAGGAAAUAGAAGCCUUUCGGGACCACCUCGAGCAGCUGCGUGACCUGCGAGAGCAACGCAUACAACAGGUAGACCAGCUGCGCCUGAGUAUUAUGGAAGAUAUGAAGCUACUGGAGUGCUUACCGUUGACAGACUCUGAGCAACGACUGCUGAACCAGGUCAAUCUUUGCCUUCUACCCGAUGACUUAGAGCAGCUGCGACAAAUGCAGAAGGACUUUGCCGACCAGAUGCAGGAGCUGCGCGAGCGCAUCGAUGACAUGCGCGAAAAGAUUUACAUUUUAUGGGAUCAAAUUCAGGACACCGAUGAAAAGGCCAUGAAGCGGGUACGAGAAUCGACGGGCUAUACACAGUACACCCACGAUGUUCUCCAGGAGGAGCUGCAGCGCUGCCAGGGUAUCCGAAGGCAGAAGAUGAAGACAUUUAUCGAACAGCUGCGCCAGGAGAUAAAGGAGUUGUGGGAUCUCACCCUGAAAAGCUCUCAGGAGCGCAAACGAUUCUACCACAACGACUGGUACCCGGACCUGCUGGAGCUACAUGAGUUGGAGCUCGACGAUCUCCAGACCUUCUACAACAAGAACAAAGAGAUCUUCAAGCUGUAUAAAUCCCGGACAGCGCUUUGGGAGCGCAUGCUGGCACUUGACGCCAAAGCCAACGCCCCCAAUCGCUUCAACAAUCGCGGCGCCCAACUGCUAAAAGAGGAAAAGGAGCGCAGGGCCAUUACAUCCAAGCUAUCGCAGAUCGAGCAGCAAAUCACAGCUCUGGUGCUGGCUUACGAGACCCGUGAGAACACUCCGUUCCUAGUGCACGGCGAAAACAUUUUAAAGCGCAUGGCCGACGACUGGGAGCAGCAUCGCCAGACUAAGCAGAACAGCUUCCGCAAGAAGGCACCAAUCUUGGACGACAAGAGUGCUUCGGGCACACUUCGCAAUAUGUCUGCCUUGUCAAGCUCCACAAGGUCGUUGCACAAGUCAUCCUCGCAACAGCCUUCGAACAAGCUCCCAAAUCCAUCGGACAAAAAGACGCUUACAAAGACGCCGAGCUGCCUGAAGUCUCUGAAACCAUAUCCAGCUAUUCGCAGCACCAGCCAACGCCUGCUGAUGCCUAGUCAGAAACCGAACCAGUUAAGAGCCUUAAAGUCUCCUCUGAAAAGAGUCCUAGUCAAUGCUUUGCCAAACACCAAAAAGCUGAAUACAAAAUCCGCAAUCGCCACUCCCCACCAAAACGAGAACUUAGAGCCCGAGGUGAACUACAAGGAAUUCCAAGCAGCCAUUCGAAGAUGAACCAUUCCUGGGAUCAAGUGCCACUGCUGAGACAUUAUUUGUAUUUUUGCUGACAAAAACUCACUACUGUGUUACUUACUUUUUCAUUUUAAGUUACUACGUUUUACGUUAAUAAAAUCGAAUUGUGUUUUUAG